AUGAUGUCCGCACAGCUCCAACAGCAGCAGCAAAAGCAACAACAAGAUCAGCAGCAGAAACAGCAGAAACAACAGAAUCAACCGCAACACCAACUUUCCCAACAACAGCUUCAUCAAAGCCUACCGUCUCGGACCGGUAGUGGUUCCGUAUCUGCCAAUGCUUCGAUAGCACCGGGCGCAGCAGGGUCGCAAAUUCCCGGGGCUCCUGCCACCUCCAACACACAGCAGCCGGCCUCUUUUGGACAGCUUCGGAAUCGUGCUGCCGAGAGUCAAAGUCCCUAUGUGCGCGUACAUGCCAAAACACCUGUUGCCUGGCAGCUGCUUAAUGCCGAUACCCUGAAGCGCGCCCAGGCUGAAAACAAGCCCAUCUUUAUGCAUAUUGGCUUCUUAGCCGACCAUCAUUCUUUCUCCAACAAUGCCGUUGCCGCCUUCCUGAACUCGUCCUUCAUCCCCGUCAUUAUCGACCGCGAUGAGCGUCCCGACCUCGACACCAUCUACCAGAACUAUAGCGAAGCUGUGAACGCGACCGGCGGUUGGCCUCUCAACCUUUUCCUCACCCCCGACCUCUAUCCCAUCUUUGGCGGUACCUACUGGCCCGGUCCCGGAACCGAGCACAGCCUUGCUGCUGCCCGUGGGGGUGCCAGCGGCGUCGUCGGCGGUGCAGCGACCCCCGAGGCUUCCAGUAUCAACGGUGGUGGUGAAGAAUCCUACAACGAUUUCCUUGCCAUAGCAAAGAAGGUCCACAAGUUCUGGGUGGAGCAGGAGGAGCGAUGCCGUCGCGAGGCGUUUGAGAUGCUUCAUAAGCUGCAGGACUUCGCGCAGGAGGGCACAUUUAGCGGCACACCCGCCGAACCAGUGCCCGUGGUAGCUCCCGUGGCCGCAGCUGACGUAGAGGCGGGCGCUGACCUGGACUUGGACCAGCUUGAUGAAGCUUUGGACAGGAUCUUCAAGAUGUUUGACCCGGUGGACUGCGGCUUCGGAACACCAAAGUUCCCCAACCCGGCCCGGCUUUCGUUCUUGCUUCGGCUGGCGCAGUUUCCCAGAGAGGUGAGAGACGUAGUCGGCGACAAGGAAGUCGAGAAUGCCGCUUCCAUGGCACGGAGCACCUUGCGUCGUAUUCGCGAUGGUGGAUUGAGGGACCAUGUCGGCGCGGGCUUCAUGCGAUUCAGCGUAACUAGCGACUGGAGCAUGCCGCAUUUUGAGAAGAUGGUCGGAGAAAACGCACUUCUUCUGGGCGUAUACCUUGACGCCUGGCUCGGUCGCGUUCAAUCAUCUGCCGCCGAGACCCGGCUUUCUUUGGAGGACGAAUUUGCCAACGUAGUGAUCGAUCUCGCCGAUUACCUCACAAGCCCGCUGAUUCAGUCCUCCGGGGGCGGCUUCAUCACAAGUGAGGCAGCAGACUCUUUCUAUCGCAAGGGCGACCGGCACAUGCGUGAAGGCGCUUACUAUCUCUGGACGCGCCGGGAGUUUGAUGACGUGGUCGGACCCGCUGGGUCUGCCGAAGUGGCAGCAGCGUACUGGAACGUCCUCGAGGAUGGGAACAUCCCCCGCGACCAGGACCCUCAUGACGAGUUCAUUAAUCAGAACGUACUGUGUUCCGUCUGGGGAAAAGAUAUCCAGGCGCUGUCCAAGCAGUUCGGCAUCCCCGUGAAUGAUGUAAAGAAAAUGAUUGCAAAGGCACGGGAACGGCUGAGGGCACACAGAGAACAGGAGAGACCCAGGCCUGCGAGAGAUGAGAAGGUGGUGGUUGGUGUUAACGGAAUGGUGAUUUCGGCGCUCGCGAGAACAGCUGCGGUGGUGAGAGAUCUAGAUAAGACAAAGAGCCAGAAAUAUUUGGAGGCGGCGCAGCGCGCCGCAACCUUUAUCAAGGAGAACUUGUGGGUCCAGGAUGGUACACAGAGCAGAAAGGUGCUGAAGAGGUUCUGGUUCAACCAGCCGAGCGACACAAGGGCGUUUGCGGAUGAUUAUGCAUUCUUGAUUGAGGGCUUGCUUGACUUGUACGAGGCGACUCUGGAGGUUAAGUGGCUUGUUUGGGCGAAGGAGCUGCAAGACGUGCAAAGUGAACUCUUCUACGACACACCGGCCGUCGGCAGCACUCCCUCCCUCCGCCAUUCAUACACAGGCGGCUUUUACUCAACCGAGGAAGCGACUCUCAGUCACACCAUCCUUCGCCUUAAGAGCGGCAUGGAUAAGUCCCAGCCGUCAACCAACGCCGUGUCCGCCUCGAACCUUUUCCGUCUCGGUACCAUCCUCGAUGAGAAACCCUUCAUUCGUCAGGCUAUUGAAACCAUCAAUGCCUUCGAGGCAGAGAUUCUGCAGUAUCCCUGGCUGUUUGUCAGUCUCUUGGCCGGCGUUGUGACUUUGAGGCUGGGUGUCAGGGAGACGCGUGUCAAAGUCGAGCAGACGGCUUCUUUGAGGCAAUAUUGGAAGAUGCCCAAGGCUGGGGCGAACGCUCUGUUGCUCGGGGCGGAUACGCGUGAGUAAGCAUGUGGAAUAGAGUGGUUACUGCCGAAGGAAGGAUGAGGAUUCUUGUUACGGCUCUACGCGCUCAGGUCUCUCGGAGUUUUGGAAGAUUUAUUGAUCCUUAUGAAAAUAGUUGCAUAGUGAGCGGAUUUCGCAAUGGAGUUGAUACCAUCUAUUC